GUAGGAAGGCUGCAGAUCAUCUCUAAAGUGCUUUUCCACAGCUCCUAGGUGGAGAUUCUGUUCCAUGCAUGGCCGAGGCUUCACAAGAAAGGUCAGCCCUGCUAUUCUCUCUACCUGCUCACAGACCUGUUUGCCUGAGAGCCCUGCUGUGAUCUCUGCCCCUUCCAGAAUGAUCCCUCUGUCCCUCAGGGAAGCCUCACACUCAGCACCUUCCAGCCCUUCCAGGAGCUGGGCUGUGGAUGGUGAAGGCACGGCUGGGCCAUGGGCUCCUGCAAAGAGCCUGUGCAGACCAAGAAGGGACAAUUUCAGGGAUCAGGCAGAUUCAAGAGGUCACACAGCACAGCAGGAAAGACCUCCCUGCUCCCUGCAUCACCCACCUCACUCCCCUGCAGGGAGUAGGUCAUUCUGCCCAUGGGGCAGCUGGAGCAACAUCCCCAUGGACCACCUUUCACCAGCCAGCAAGGCCAGUGAGCAGAAGCUGGAAGAGCUGUGGAAAAAAGCACCCCAAAAUAAGUUGGAGCAACUCAAGAAGAGGAUUCAGGAGCAGAAGCAAAGGCAGCAAGCAGGACCCUGGGAGCAGAAGCCCCUGAUUUCUGCUAAAGAGCCACUGCCAAAAAGAGUCCUGAAGAGAAAGGUGUGCAGGGUGGGCUCUGCUCCUGCUGCUCCAGCUUACAGAGACCAAAGAGAGAGAAGCUCAGCACAGAGAAUCCAAACACAAAGCCAGAGGCAGCCUCCACCCAAAUCCUCUCUUCUGAAAAAAAAAGGAGGGAAAGGUGUGAAGCUGCCUGGUGCUUCUGCAUGGAGAGAAGGUCAGAAGUUGGCCAGAAAGUUGCUUGGUCCACCCCCUGAAUUUCCAAAUCUGAGGAGCAGAGCUGCAGAGCAGAGCACAGCAAACACCCUCGAACUUGGUAGAGGAUUUGUGGCAAUGCCAGUGACGGAAAACAGCUGGAGAGACAAGGGAAGUGAAGCUGCAGGGAAGAGCCCUGAAUUCCAAAGCUGCAAGGCUGUGGAAAGGGGCAGCAAUGCACCAGCUGAGGAUAUCAACCAAGCACUCAGGAACUUCCACUUCCAAAGCCAGUUCCAUGAUGAAAACAGACAUACCAGGCUCCAAAAAGACACUGUAAAAGGAAAGGGAUCCCUAGGGAUUGUUCUGCAGCAAUCCCUAGGGAUCCAUUCUCCUUCACCUGGACUUUGGGGAUAA